UGCAGAAGCUCCUCACGCCCACUCUUUGGCAAUGCGACUUAUUAGACUGUCCCUGCCGGCGGUCACGUGACCAAAAGUGAUGCGAAGCUCCCGGAGUUUACGUCAGGUUCCCGGGGCCGCUCUGAGGAAGCGACAGGAAGAAACUCCCGGUAAGUCUGGUCUUUAAGGUCUUCAAGAUAGAAAAAUGCCUCCGAGAAAAAACAAACUGCCUGCUCCUCUGCCGGAAGGCUUAAUCGUGACGGACAUGAACAAGAAAUCCUGGAGACUGGGCAAAAAGCUCGGCCAAGGAGGCUUCGGCUUAAUAUACCUGGCUUCUCCAGAAUGUACCAGAACCGUGACUGAUGACGCUGCUUAUGUCAUUAAAGUGGAAAACUAUGCAAAUGGGCCAUUAUUUUGUGAACUGAAGUUUUAUCAAAGAGCCGCCAAACAAGACGAUGUAAAAAAAUGGAUCCAUAGUCACAAGCUGGACUACUUAGGGAUUCCUAAAUACUGGGGAACCGGAGAAAUAAGUUAUAAUUCAAGCAGUUACAGAUUCAUGGUGGUGGAUCGGCUCGGUACAGAUCUGCAGAAGUUGCAGCAUAACAACAGUGGCAGAUUGCCUGCAAAAACAGUAAUGCAAAUUGGCAUACGUAUGCUGGAUGUAUUAGAAUACAUUCAUGAACACGAGUAUGUACAUGGUGAUAUUAAAGCAGGAAAUGUUCUGCUUCACACUUCGGAUGCCAACAAGGUUUAUCUUGCAGAUUAUGGACUUUCUUACAGAUACUGCCCCGAUGGGAAACACAAAGACUAUAAAGAAGACCCAAGAAAAUGCCACAAUGGGACAAUUGAGUUUACCAGCAGAGAUGCUCACAAGGGGGUUGCCCCAUCCAGACGAGGGGACCUGGAAAUCCUCGCAUACUGUAUGCUCCACUGGAUAUGUGGGAAACUACCCUGGGAGCAGAGCUUACGAGAUCCUUCUACUGUCCUGGCUUCCAAAACAAAGCUAUGGGACGAUCUUCCACAUUCUGUCCUCGAAUGGUCUGGUCGAGAAGACGGAUGCCAAGAACUGGCCAAGUUCAUGGAUGAUGUCUCGUUAUUGAAGUACGGUGAAAAGCCAAAUUAUUCAGCCCUGAAGAGAAUCUUGCUGAAGGCUCUUGAUUCUAUGGGGACAAGUCUUAGUUCUCCACUGAUUAUUUCAGAUGCAGGAACCUUUCGGAAAGUGUCCACAGGAAAUACAAAAAAGGUUCCUCAAUAAAUAUGGGAAAAUGUCACCAAAACUAAUAAGCAUUAACUGAGUACUUAUGUAUGCUGUUCAAGUGGGAGUAAAGUGGGGAAGUGUACCUCUAAUCAUUAUACUUUACCAUUUUUGUCUUCUUAAGCUGCAUUUACAUGAGCCAAUCCAUUGGGCAAUGAUCGAGAAUGAACAUUCAUGUCUGAUCAUUACCCACUUGCUUCUGUAUGAUUGUUGCUAUGAUGAGAGGGGUUUAUAGAAGUAAAAAAGAAAAU